UAAUGGGUUACUUAACUUAGGAGAAUGGUGAGGGGAAAGACAGAGAUGAAGCGGAUAGAGAACGCAACGAGCAGGCAGGUGACUUUCUCCAAGAGAAGAAAUGGACUUUUGAAGAAAGCCUUUGAAUUAUCAGUCCUUUGUGAUGCUGAAGUUGCCCUAAUCAUCUUCUCUCCUAGAGGCAAACUCUAUGAGUUCUCUAGCUCCUCCAGUAUACCAAAAACAGUAGAAAGAUAUCAGAAGCGAAUACAAGAUCUUGGGCCUAACCAUAAGAGAAAUGAUAACUCACAGCAAUCGAAGGAUGAAACCUAUGGCUUGGCGAGAAAGAUCGAACAUUUGGAGAUUUCGACAAGAAAAAUGAUGGGAGAAGGACUUGACGCAUCUUCUAUAGAAGAGUUACAACAAUUGGAGAACCAGUUGGACCGAAGCUUAAUGAAAAUAAGAGCCAAAAAGUAUCAAUUAUUACGCGAAGAAAUUGAGAUAUUAAAAGAAAAGGAGAGGAACCUCGUUGCAGAAAAUAAAAUGCUGAUGGAGAAGUGUGACAUGGGAGGAAGAGGAAUAGUAGCAAGAACUUCAUCAUCAAUAACAACUGAAGAAGUGGACAUAGAUGACAAUGAAAUGGAAGUGGUGACUGAUUUGUUCAUUGGACCUCCUGAGACUCGACACUCCAAAAAGUUUCCUCCUCCAAACUAACGUAUAGUAUAUGGUUAUACAUUUACCUUGAAAAAUUGACAUCUCACAACACUAAAUAUUAUGUACGUAGGGAAAUCCUUUUCCCUGGAAGAAAAUUUGAUGUUAAUUACUUUAUUUAUAGCUUCGUAUUUUUUUU